GCCUUCUUGGCUUCUACGCGUCGAGCCGAUCUCCUCCUCCUCCCUCCCUCCCGAACCACCGGAAGCAGCCGACGCGGCGUAGCGCCGGCGCUCCAGCCGCCUCCGCCUCCGCCUCCUCCACCUCCACCACUCGGAGAUCGUCGUCUCCUCGGGUAAGUUGUUUGAUCGAGUGCCUUUGGAAACAUAUGGGAGGUUAGAUUCGUGAAAUUGAGAGGAAUCAGAAGACGGGUGGUUUGAGGAGACUGAGUUUGAUCUGACAAUGGGGUGGUUCCGGGCUGCGUCCGGCUUGGCUCGGGUGGCAUUGAGGAGGAACCUGUCACGUGCUCUGGCGAGCCCUUCUGCCGGUCCCGUGCCGCGGUACUUCCACUCCACCCACCCCCGGCGGUUUGCCUCGCCUGUGCCCCGUGCGGUGCCACUCUCGCGCCUCACAGACAGCUUCCUUGAUGGCACCAGCAGUGUGUACCUUGAAGAGCUCCAGCGGGCAUGGGAGGCUGAUCCCACCUCUGUUGAUGAGUCGUGGGACAAUUUCUUUCGGAACUUUGUCGGGCAGGCUGCAACAACGUCUCCUGGCUUAUCUGGGCAGACAAUUCAGGAAAGCAUGAGGCUUCUGCUUCUUGUCCGAGCGUACCAGGUUAAUGGUCACAUGAAGGCUAAGCUUGAUCCUCUUGCUCUAGAGGAGCGGCCUGUCCCUGAUGAUCUGGACCCUGCGUUCUAUGGGUUCUCUGAGGCUGAUUUGGAUCGGGAAUUCUUUCUUGGUGUGUGGAGGAUGGCUGGGUUCUUGUCAGAGAAUCGCCCUGUUCAGACACUCCGUUCUGUAUUGGAGCGGCUUGAGCAAGCCUACUGUGGUACCAUUGGGUAUGAGUACAUGCACAUACCUGACAGGGAAAAGUGUAACUGGCUGAGGGACAAGAUUGAGACAGUCAACCCAAGGGAGUACUCCUAUGACCGCCGCCAGGUCAUGCUUGAUAGGCUCAUCUGGAGUACGCAGUUUGAGAGCUUCUUGGCCCAGAAGUGGACUACCGCCAAGCGAUUUGGUCUUGAAGGUGCGGAGACACUCAUCCCUGGCAUGAAGGAGAUGUUUGACAGGGCAGCUGAUCUUGGCGUAGAGAGUAUUGUUAUUGGUAUGCCACACAGAGGCAGGUUGAAUGUCUUGGGCAACGUCGUGCGGAAGCCCUUGCGACAAAUCUUCAGUGAGUUUAGUGGUGGUACCAAGCCUGCCGAUGAAGGGGAGGGUUUGUAUACAGGGACUGGAGAUGUCAAAUACCAUUUAGGAACUUCAUACGAUAGGCCUACCAGAGGUGGUAAGCAUAUCCAUCUGUCACUGGUUGCAAACCCAAGUCACUUGGAAGCAGUUGAUCCUGUUGUCGCUGGGAAGACCAGAGCAAAACAGUACUAUUCUAAUGAUCUUGACAGGACCAAGAAUUUGGGGGUCUUGUUGCACGGUGAUGGAAGCUUCUCAGGUCAGGGUGUAGUGUACGAAACCCUGCAUCUCAGUGCUCUUCCAAACUACACCACUGGUGGAACAAUUCACAUUGUGGUCAAUAAUCAGGUUGCUUUCACUACUGAUCCAAGGGCAGGGAGGUCUUCUCAGUAUUGCACAGAUGUUGCUAAAGCAUUGGAUGCUCCAAUUUUCCAUGUGAAUGGUGAUGACUUGGAGGCAGUGGUUCAUGUCUGUGAGCUUGCUGCGGAGUGGCGGCAAACAUUUCAUUCUGAUGUUGUGGUGGAUAUUGUAUGCUACCGCCGAUUUGGGCAUAACGAGAUUGAUGAGCCCUCCUUCACCCAGCCUAAAAUGUACAAGAUAAUUAGGAACCACCCAAGUGCUCUUGAGUUAUACCAAAAAAGUCUUUUAGAAUCUGGGAAGAUCUCGAAGGAAGAUAUUGAUAAGAUACACAAGAAGGUCAGCACUAUCUUGAAUGAGGAAUUUAAAAACAGCAAAGAAUAUAUUCCCAAUAAGAGAGACUGGCUGUCAGCUUACUGGGCUGGAUUCAAAUCACCAGAACAGAUUUCACGUAUCCGAAAUACUGGUGUCAAGCCAGAGAUUCUGAAACGUGUUGGAGAAGCCAUGACUACUCUGCCUGAAAAUUUCAAGCCCCACAGAGCUGUCAAAAAGAUUUUUGAGCAGCGUCGUCAAAUGAUUGAGACUGGGGAAGGCAUCGAUUGGGCAGUUGGUGAAGCACUUGCUUUUGCAACUCUUAUAAUUGAGGGAAACCAUGUUAGGCUAAGUGGCCAGGAUGUUGAGAGGGGUACAUUCAGCCACCGCCAUGCUGUUGUGCAUGACCAGGAAUCUGGAGAGCAGUACUGUCCACUUGAUAAUCUUGUUAUGAACCAAGAUGAGGAACUAUUUACUGUAAGCAACAGUUCCCUGUCAGAGUUUGCUGUUUUGGGCUUUGAACUGGGUUAUUCUAUGGAGAAUCCAAAUUCACUGGUUCUAUGGGAAGCUCAGUUUGGUGAUUUUUCCAAUGGAGCUCAAGUGAUAUUUGACCAGUUUCUGAGUAGUGGGGAGGCAAAAUGGCUCCGCCAGACCGGUCUUGUUGUUUGCCUUCCUCAUGGAUAUGAUGGUCAAGGGCCUGAACAUUCCAGUGCAAGGUUGGAGCGUUUCCUCCAGAUGAGUGAUGACAACCCUUAUGUUAUUCCUGAGAUGGAUCCAACUUUGAGGAAGCAAAUCCAGCAGUGCAAUUGGCAAGUUGUGAAUGUCACAACUCCUGCAAACUAUUUCCAUGUUUUGCGUCGCCAGAUCCACCGGGACUUCAGAAAGCCUUUGAUUGUUAUGUCUCCAAAGAAUCUCCUUCGUCACAAGGACUGCAAAUCAAAUCUUUCUGAAUUCGAUGACCUUGCGGGUCACCCUGGAUUUGACAAGCAAGGGACCCGGUUCAAGCGUCUAAUUAAAGAUCAGAACAACCAUAAGGACCUUGAGGAGGGAAUUAACAGAUUAGUUCUUUGUUCUGGAAAGGUAUAUUAUGAGUUGGAUGAAGAAAGAAGAAAAAAGGAGCGUGAUGAUGUUGCUAUAUGUAGAGUUGAACAGCUGUGUCCAUUCCCAUAUGACUUGAUCCAGCGCGAGUUGAAACGAUAUCCAAAUGCCGAGAUUGUUUGGUGCCAAGAAGAACCCAUGAACAUGGGGGCGUACAGCUACAUCAACCCUCGCCUCCUGACCGCGAUGAGGGCGCUUGGUCGAGGCACUAUAGAGGACAUCAAAUACGUCGGAAGGGCCCCAUCUGCAGCCACCGCAACCGGUUUCUACUCCGUCCAUGUGCAGGAGCAAACCGAGCUUGUACAGAAGGCACUGCAGCGAGACCCUAUCAACUGUCCAUUUUGAACCACGCCUUAUAGAUUUUUUGAAUAGCCAUGGGAAAUCAAACCUCCUGAUCUAAAUUAUUGCCUGUGCAGCCGUUCGCUGAAUAAUCCGUUUCGGAUGUAAUGAUACCGCGUGAGAGAAACCAUUUGAAACCCCAUCUUGGGAUGCAUCAUUUUGUGUUUUUCUUAACAUCAAAUUAAGCAAAGCUGCGUCCAAUGCUUAAGAUAAUUUACCUCCUGAAUAAUGAUCCGCCAUGUUUUGGUGGUACAUUCUUGCGGCUAUUCCUUUCGCCAUCCA